UAUCGAUACUUCAGUUUUAUCGUGGCUUGUCGAUGAAUCGAGCACUUUCUCAUUGCUAAUAUUGCAAUUUUGGCACUUUCUAAGCACAAAGAUUUAUAUUUGUCUAACCAAUUGAUUUAACACGAUUUAAUAAAGAACUCAGGCGACGUUUAACAACCUGCCUGCAUGGCAGAGAAAAUGAGCAGCAUGGAUGGCACAGUGCCGGAGGCCAAAUACCAGAAAUUGGCUAGUGAAUACUCAAAGCUGCGCGCUCAAGCGCAAGUGCUGAAGAAGGCGGUUAUCGACGAGCAGGCAAAGGAGGCGAGUCUGCGCGAGCAAUUGCAACAGAAUGCCACAUCGCUGAGGCGAACCGAACAGGAGGUGGACUCGCUGGGCUUUCGCAAUAAGCAGCUGGAGUCGCGGGUCUCGCAGCUGCAGCAGGAACUAACGGUGCAUGAGCAGGUGCGCAAGAAGAAGGAGCCGGGCAAGCGAGGACUCCUGGGUGGCAGGCAACCAGAGCCACCAAGUGAAGCACCGAGCAUAAGCGCGGCACAGGAGGCGCUCAUUUUCGAGGAGCUGCAAAAGAAAAUAAUGGAAAACGCACAGCUGACAUCAUUGAUCGAUGACAAGCAACGCGACUUGUUGCUGCACACAGAACGUAUUGCGGAGCUGGAACAGAAGCUGGAGAAACGCCUUGCUGACCAAAACGAAUUGGAGAAUCGCUUGCGCAAAGAGGUGGAAACGCUGCAACACAGAAACUGUGAACUCGAAACGAAGCUGGUCGAUGCGGCGAGCAUUCUAGGCAGUGAGGAUGCUUUGAGCGCCACGGGCAGCGACAGUACGCCGUUACACAAUCUACAGCAACAGCACCAGCUUAACACCAAUGCAGCCUUAACGCUUACUGCCGAGGAACGCAUUGCGCUACUCGAAAAGGAGUCGGCGCACUGGCGGGCCCAAUACGAAGUGGCCAAACUUAGCCAGAACUUCAACUCGAACUCGAACACAAACAUGGAUCUCGGCAAAACGUUGAGCGAUGCCAGCAGUAUUUGUAGCUGCAGCACAGCUGCCGCUGGCAUCACAGUUAAGCCAUGCAGCCUGGAGAGCAAGUGUAGCCACCGGGCGAGGGAUUUGCUACAGGAUCCACCCGAUCCACCUACCAAGGAGCAGCUUAUAUAUAGCGUGUUUAGCAAAAAGUAUGAAGAUCUGCUGCGGCUGAAGGCACUGGCAGAGUCACGUCUGCGCUCCUUUGAACAGGAGGCAUUACAUUUGCAGAUCUGCCUGGAAAAUGCGACGCAAGAACUGAAAGCCAAAGACGAACAACAGUCGAGUCUGGGCGGAGCACUGCAAAUGCUCGAAGAGGAACUGACCACGACGCGUAUUAACUACGAGGAGCAGAUCAGCGUUCUCACGGAGCAAGUGAUUAGCUUAAGCGACCAGUUGGCUGCCUGCAAAUGAAUAUCUGCCCAUAAGUUGUAUAUUAUUUAAAAUGAGUAACAUCAGGCCACUGUA